UCUAGUAAUUCAUCCAUGAUGGUGGCUGUCAAGUCAACAAUCAAUGUCAUUGUCAAUGUUAUGAAAACAUCACAACAUGAAUAAAAACAAUGGAUGUGAAAAUAUUAAAUGCUGUAGAAUUAUCGGAUACCGAUAAUCAGAGUCCAAUUUGUAAAUAUUGUCUUAACCCUGAAAACAAACAAGACAGUCCGGGGCUAAGAUGUGAAACAUGCAGCUGCUUCGUUCACCUAACCUGCCUGCGCCGGCAGGGAACGCCGGGCGAUUUUGCAUGCGAUGUAUUUUUUGAAUUUGUUUGUGCUGAAUGUUCAGGAAAUAAUGAAGAGAUUUUUGAAAGAAAAAGAUUUCAAUGGGUGAAUGUAUUGUUGCUGACACUUCAUCAUCUCAGCAUACAGUCAUAUGGGAUCAGUAACAAUGGCUUCUUUCAUUACAAAACACACAUCUGCUCUUUCAUUGAUCGCAACUGGGUUCUACUCUUCGGAACACAUUUCAAACAAAAAAAGAGUUGGGUGGGUACAAUCGCAGGAGCUCUGUCGGUAUACAAUAAUACCUUCUUCAUGUCGGGUUCUGUAGCACUCGGAGAGACAGGCUGGUGGAAACUGUUACAUUCCUUUUCACCAGCGGUUGCUGCACAUAUAAAUCUGGAGUUAUCCAAAGAGAAAAUCAAAGGACGUCCACGGAAUUACUUGAAUGUUGACAGAAGACUCUUUAUUACCAAAGCAACUGAAUUAGGUUAUAAACAUUUAAUAAAGCAGUUAUGUGAGCCGCCUCCAUUUAAAAAGAUGCGACUGGACUCUGGCAGUGAGCCUUCCACCAGCCAUGACUUCGCCUACGAUUUCAAUAGGGAGGAAGUUGUUGAAGAUGUGACCAUCGAGGGACAGGAGGUCUACCUCAAUUCGGAAGAUUACCUGGCCUACCCCUACGACCCUGUGAAAUAUACACAAAUUAACCAGAGCGAUACUUCAAGUAUCCACUCUCUGCAGCAGUCGGUGCAAUACGACUCCGACUCUCGCAGCUCCCCCCACCGCGAGCCCCCCACCUCCGACGAGGACAAGCGCACAGACAAGAAACACGACAAGACUAAAAAACAAGAAGAAACACCAAUCGCGAGAGAAUCUCUCUUCUCCACACAACUUAACUCUAUAGAACUCCCGUGGUUGGAGCCGGAUCCACCUCCAGCUCCUGAUCUGGUGGAACUCUCGGAGUACGAGGAGAUCCAACUGCUGAAGCGAGUGGAGAAUCUCAUCCUGAAGGUGAAGGAUCCCAAUAAGAAAGCCUAUCUCCACAGGUUCAGAGCGAAGCUGGCUCUUAGAAGAUUGAAGAGACAUAAACAUCUGCCUAUAUUUGAUUUAGAUAAGACGGCGCGCGUGUUGCGCGGCUACAUAGCGGACGAUCCAAAAGUUUUAAUGAACGCUGAGAGAAUUCUAGACCGCUUCCAGUUCAGCUGCGUGGUGACGUACCGCAAGCUGGUGGUGGGGUGCGCCUUCCUGGUGCCGGACGCGCGCCACAACGAGGCCUACAUCUCCUUCAUACUGACGCGCCCCGAGUGGAGGAACGCACACAUUGCCACCUUCAUGCUCUACCAUCUGUUACAGACUUGUACAGGCAAGGAUGUAACUCUGCAUGUCUCUCCGACAAACCCUGCUAUAUUUUUAUACCAGAAGUUUGGUUUCAAGGUCGAGGAGCUGAUACAAGACUUCUACGAGAAGUACUACGACAUCGAUUACAAAGGAUGCCGGCACGCACUAUUUUUAAGACUAGUCAGAUAACUUUGUAUAAUAAAGAUAUACUGUCUAAA